AUGCGGUCGUCAAAUGCUCAAGUUUACAUUAUUGGUUGUUUCGCCGCUAUUGGAGGGCUGCUCUUUGGCUAUGAUAUUGGUGUCAUUUCUGGUGUAUUGACCAUAAGAGACUUUAUCACGACAUUUGGUGAUCAAGAUGAUGUUCAGCGUCAGACAUUACGCGAUGAAACAACAGGAAGCAUUGUGGGUAUUUUGCAAGCUGGAUGUUUUAUUGGUGCCCUUUGUGCCGGUCAGGCCGCAGGUUAG